UGUGGAAGAAUAAUGCCUUCUUCGCAUUAUUUGCUGACACCCGAUCGGCCACGCAAAGAAUUCACUCGCCUCGCCACGAAUUUACCUCCUGUACUGCUCGAUGGAAUCGCGCGCCGUCAACACUUCCCCACGAACUUCGGAAAGUCCUAUUGUAGCUUCGCUAUUGUCCACGAAGAUUCCUCAGGAGCUGAAGAUCAAUUGCGUCGAUUAACGGGAGUUGGAAAUUUAAAAGUACAUUUCGUUCGGACGCAGGUGAAAAACAAAGGUAAUGAUCACUUCGCGCGAGGAUUACCACGUGGCUUCCUUGCCAAUGGAGGAGAUACCGAUUGGUGAUGGCGACCGUAAAUCCACUAUUGCGUCAACUCAUAAUUACGCAAAGCCAUCUAUUGCAUACUGCAAAGAUCUCGGUGCGCAGACUUACUGGGAAUUUUUCCUGCGCUACAAAUUCGCAAUUUUCCUUGGAACUUUGUCGAUUGCACUAUUUAUGAUCUUCAUCGGCUCGAUAAUCUGCACAGCGCCAAACGUCGCUACUCAGCCUGAUGGUCACGUCAGGGAGGAUCAUGUAAAUACGCAAGUAACCAGCCUGGAGGAUCUCCUCGAGAAUUUCGAGGACAUUAACGAAAAGGACUUGGUUCCUGGUCAGAAGGCAAAUGACAUUGCGGGUGAAUUGGCUGCUCUUUACGAACUAAUGGAAGCUUCGUCGGAGGAAGAGGAUGGACGACCGAAGCGCUCUGUGGAAAUGACGCCUAGCGGUCGAUCCUGUAGACUCAAAAAUAACGAGCAUUGCAAAAAAAUUGCAGAACGGAUGAAAAAUCUUGUGCACGGUGUUCAUAGUCGAGUCAACGAACUCAAUAAACUAAUGACUCAAACAGGAGUUGCAAAAGACAAUGAAAUUGGAAAUUUUAAAAUAACUGAUAUCAGGGACUGCUUCGUUUGCAGCAAGAACUUUGAAAGCGACUCCAUAACUUUUUUUGAAAAUUCCGCACCUGCAGAAUCGGCAAAUAUUCCUGGUGCGCCCGGUGGCACCGGGAACCCGCACGCCGUAGAAAACUUGAAGAAGGUGGAUUCCUUACUCAGGAAAUUCUCUAACCAAACUGUCGGCAAUAAUUCCAGUAUACAGGAGACCAAGAGUAAGGACGAUUUCAGGGAAGAUUUGAAAAUUAUAGUGGAUCAAGUUAUUCCUGAAAACAUCCAGACAGUCUUGUCCACGUCGCCCUCGACGCUACGUGCUAACGAACGCAAAGUCUCAGUCGAACCAGAUACUAUCGGAAUUGGCAAUUCCACGGAAUCUACUACGGUGACAUAUACAGGUUCAACCACUGCCGCUGCAACUUCUGAAUUUGAAAACAUUUUAGAGAUUGGCACGUCAAGGAUAACUCCUAUCGCCUCUAUGCCAGAGUCGACUUCUACACGGUAUGACGAUUUUGAGACUGCAACGAUGCCAGGUCAUCUCGUGGAGACUACAAGAGUGAUAGAAGGCUAUACGGUUUCCACGUCGAAGGCGAAUCAAGUAAACAGAACCCAGGCUGAUUUCGUCGUUCCAAGCGAGGAUUCGUCAACAGUGCGAGAUGCGAAUAUUCCCGAAAGUGGCCAAGAGAAGACAUCGUCGCAACCUGAAAAAUCAGAUUCCGCACGUGUUGCUGCAUCGCGGAUCACAGUGUCCACUUCUGAACUUUCGGAUCCAUCCGAACGUGGGCCGAGGAUCGUAACGAUUGCAGAACAAUCGAAAGACAAUUUCGAACCGACGGCCAUGACUAUACCCACAGCCGAAACUAUGAAAUUCAAUCGGCAGACGCAGUAUACUCCACCCGUUUCUUGGAUGCCAUAUCCGGUUUGUUUUUUCGGCUCCCAAAAUGCAUUGCCUUACAGGCACACUGCUGCAGGAAGUAUUGUGAUUCCAGCAUCUUCGGUUAAUUAUCCGCCUGGUCCCAUAGGGCCUGUUGGUCCUGUUGGUUCGAUUGGUCCCGUUGGUCCUGUAAAUUCCGUUAGACCAUCAGCUUCUAGUGCACAGUUCACGGCUGGUGUGCCGUUUCUCAAUAUAGAAAAUCAAGGAGUCCAAUACAUCCCAGUGCAAGCGCCCGUCCAGUAUGCUCCGACAGCCAUGCCAAAUCCUGGGAUGUUUAUUCCGGCCCACAAAGUGGGACCCACUGGACCAGGACUGCAGAACUUCCAUCUGAACACGGGAAACCAACCCCCCACGUCUUCGGGCACGCAACCCGGGUACUAUUACUGCACCUACGUUUCCAAUCCGACCUUGCAAUUUCCUGCGGUUCCCAAUGUCUCGGAAUACCAGCGAUCGAGCAGUAGCAACAUGUCGAACAGCAAGGUUGAUGCUCAAGUUUCAAUGAGCCAGGAUGGACCUCGUUAUGGGCACAUUUAUUCAGAUUAUGACGAUAAUUGUCCACGUGGCUCUCGAUCGUGUAACGACGGCAGCGCCUGCAUCUUGAAGUCUCGAUGGUGCGAUGGUAACGUCGACUGUGCCGAUGUUAGUGACGAAACGAACUGCUCCUGUAGAGAUCGUGUUGGAAAAGAUCGUAUUUGCGAUGGAUAUUUCGAUUGUCCGCGCGGUGAAGAUGAACUCGGUUGCUUCGGAUGCGACAAACGGUCCUUUAGCUGCGACGAUUGGACCCGACGAUCGAAAUCAAUGUGCGUGCCUUUGACGAAACGAUGCGACGGCAACAAUGACUGCCCAAACGGAAGGGAUGAGUUGGAUUGUAACAUUCUGAGUCGUACGGUCAACGAAGAUAAUAUGUUCAUGGUCGGAGAUACUUCCGGCUACCUUCACAGAAACUGGCAAGGCCGCUGGUACCUCGUCUGCGCACGGGUCCCUGCUUGGACCAUGAGUGCUUGUCUGGCGGAAGUAGGAUCGCAAAUGCGUGGCAACCCAAUGACUAGUUUCAACAAUUAUCCUGGGCAUCUUUUCAUGAGACAGUAUCUCGUAGAAACUUCUUCAGGUGAAAUAGGCAUUUCCGGAAGUUGCCAGAAUGGUGCGCUGUACGUUCAGUGUCCAGCAGUCCCGUGUGGCACUAGGGUUCUACCCCAUAAGGAGUUUUAUCCCACCUAUAACAUCUUAGAGGAUCCCUUACUGGGUACUUCACACGUUCCACUUUCCAAUGCGACUGAGGAAAAAAAUAUCGAGACCGGAAACCCCCAGUGGAAUUCGACUCUGCAGAAAAUAGCAAAAGCGCUGACUGACAACCAUACGAAUAUUCGGAAUGACAGCGUCGUCCGCUCCGAAGGACGCAUCGUGGGUGGCCGUGCCAGUCAACCAAGGGCCUGGCCAUUUCUGGUAGCCAUUUAUACCGACGGAUCCUUUCAUUGCGGUGGUACCAUUCUUACUGAACACUGGAUACUGACUGCGGCACAUUGCGUAGAGAGGUACCGCUAUCGCUAUUACGAGAUACGAGCUGGAGUUCUGCGACGGCUUUCAUUCUCACCUAUGGCUCAAACUCAACGGGCCGUCGAGGUUGUUUUGCAUCCCAACUAUAAUAGGCAAAGCAUGAAAAAUGACGUAGCUCUGAUUAGACUGAAAGAGCCUCUUCACUUUAAUCGCUGGGUGCGUCCAAUCUGCCUUCCAAAAAGUGACACGGCUGGACCCAAUUGGAGAAUGGGACCAGAACCAGCGAGCAGUUGCAUCGUAGCCGGAUGGGGCGCCACAAUCGAGCAUGGGCUGGACCCGGAUCACAUGAGAGAAGCUACUGUACCGAUACUACCGUUUUGCAAGCAUCCAGAGGAUCGCAACGAAGCUGAAAUUUGCGCUGGGAUCCCCCAGGGUGGAGUGGACGCCUGUCAGGGUGACAGCGGUGGACCACUCAUCUGCCUAAAUCCGCAAUCGGGGACGCAGUGGUACGUGGCCGGUAUAGUGAGUCACGGAGAUGGCUGCGGUCGUCCCGAAGAGCCAGGUGCAUACACAAAAGUCAGCCACUUCGUCGACUGGAUCGACAGCGUAAUUAUGCGCACGAAUCCUGGACUUGGCGACAGACCACUGCAACGAUGCCCUGGCUUCACGUGUCACGGAGAAGCCGGGAAGUGCAUCCCUGCUGUGCGACGCUGCGACAAAAGGGUUGACUGUCUAUCAGUGGAGGAUGAGGUCGACUGUCAGACUUACAAUGAUUUCGAUUUGUUCAGAAAUUUAAAUACUGCCGCCGCUAGAAGUGCAGACGCAGAUCUCAGUGCGCCCUCAGCGAUUUCCCCACCGGAUCCACCCGCUGCCGAUGAGCUUCCUGUCAAUGCAUCCGUUCCCGAGAAUUCGAGUAAUUUUCUGAAUUUGACUACAAGUCGGCCCGCCGUUCCAGCAAUUGGGAAAACAUCAUUGCCAACUCCUAUUAACAGUCAUUUUGUCUGCACCAGAAUGCUGCAGCGACUGCCGAAUAGUAAGCGAUGCAACAAAGUGAUCGACUGCGAGGAUGCGACCGACGAAGAAAACUGCACCUGCAGGGAUUACUUACGGAAUCUCCAGCCAACUGCAGUCUGCGAUGCACACGUCGACUGUGACGAUGGAAGCGACGAGGAGAAUUGCCAUCCCUGCGACCGGAAUGAAUUUCAUUGCGCAAGAAGUGGAAAGUGCAUCCCGUUAAACGGAAAAUGCGACAGAGUUGCAGACUGCCAUCUGGGCGAGGACGAACAGGACUGCUUUUCGUUGAGCAACGGUCACAGCGUCACCGUCGACCUGGAGGGACGACCGCAGUUGAACGUGCAGGGAAUCGUGAGCCAGUAUCAGAAUGGUCAGUGGCGGCCAUUUUGUUUGGACACUAAUGGGUUCGCUUCGAAUGACACGGAAAGGGAGAGAAGCAUUGGGCAAUACGUGUGUCGUUAUCUUGGAUUCGAAGACCAGAUGAAUACCACUAAGACGAUAGUGAGUGACAAGACGAUCGACGCGAUUCCGUCUGCCGGUCGCGGUGUCGUCGGCCACGGGUAUCCAGACACUGAAGUUGCACAGAGUACCGACAGCACUGGCGACAAGACCUGCGUCAGUUUACACGUUGAAUGCAAUCCCACUCUGAACACGAGCGUCAGCAAUCACCUGGUGAGCAUUAAGGACACCGAGAAUCCUAGCUACCUCUGGCCCUGGCAUGCCGCCAUCUUCGUGGACGGCCGUUAUCAUUGCUCGGCCGUACUCCUGGAGCACAGUUGGCUCCUUACCAGCGCGCGAUGUGUCCAAAAUAUAGACUUAAGGAGCAAUUAUACAGCAGCUAUGCUAGGUCUCUCGCAAUCGUACUUGCACGUGGAUGGUCCGCACCAGCAAGUUCUUCCAGUCGACCAAGUGAAGCUUAUUCAAGACACGGACGCAGUACUGCUGCACCUGCAAGAUCCGGUAAAUGCAACACGACAUGUGCAGCCUAUAUUCCUGAACAAAAGAAUGCACCCAGCGUCCGACAAGUAUGCUUGUGUGGCGACUGGAGUGGAUGACAAUGGCCGCACAAGAACAAUAUUUUUACAAGCAGACAUGACAUGCUCGACCUGCAAUCGCUGCUACAAGAGAAGUCAUCCAAAAAAUUGUUUUAACGAAACGUCACUUCCCUGGAGUGGGACGAUAGUCUGCCAAUCUUCAUUUGGCUGGUAUCCCGCAGCCAUUUUUCACGAGGAAAAUGGUUACUGCGGCUUUCAAGAAAAGCGGCCUUUGACAAGUAUAGAUUUCAUAAACGCUCGUCUCGCAGAGGCCAUAGAUGAAAAACAGAACUUUGCCAAGGAAUUGGCAAAGUGCGAUGGAUUCCGAUGUCUUCUGGGUCAGUGCGUCUCAUGGGAUCGAAUCUGCGACGGAGUUCCCGACUGUCGCGAUGGCGCCGACGAAGAUGCUGAUUUUUGCAGAAGAAAGAAGGAUCGUUGCCGUGCCGAUCCCACCGACGCAAUCGGAUGCAGAUGUUCCAAGUCGGAAUUGCGUUGCGCAAACGGGGAGUGCGUACCGAAAGAACGUUUUUGUGACCACAAGGUGGAUUGUGCGGAUGGGUCUGACGAGCCCGCUAAUUGCACGUGCGCAGCUUAUUUGGAGCUGACGUCACCAGAAAGGAUUUGUGACGGAACGCGCAAUUGUUUCGACAAGACGGAUGAAGAUCCGGAAACCUGUUACUGCAAGGACUCCAGCUUCAAGUGUGGCAAGAUCAAUGGAACGGAAUUAUGCGUGCCGCAGGACUUUGUGUGUGACGGUCAACAAGAUUGCUUUACAAAUAACGACGAGACUCAGUGCAGAAAAAUAAAAGGAUCGCUCAGGGAUCCUCCCGGUACCGGUGAGGUAAUUCGUCGUUUCCACGGUGUGUGGCAUACCGAGUGCUUCGAUUUACCCGUGACCUCCCCGACGGAAGUCGAGGAACUCUGCAAGAGUUUGGGAUACAAGACAGGCAGGAGGCUCACUGAGAGGAGGAGUGCUCUGGAAGAAUAUGGCGAGCCCAGAGUGGUGGACCUGGACAACUUCUACAUGCUCCGUGUCAACGAGAAUACCUGGCUGACUAUGAGGAAUGACGCGCCUCUGGCCAGGCUGGCGUCGCCACGGGAACCCUGCCAUCGGCUGCUUGUCAGUUGCGUCUAAGCCGAUACCACCAAUCUAUUCGAUCCCUGGCUUCCUCGUCGUGGCCGUGUUGACUCAAUGACUAUCAGAUUUUCUCAAUUUUGAAAUGCACGAUCGAACCAGUCGAAUGAGUCGCUUGGGAAUGUGAAUGGUGCCGUUGGAGGUUUGAGGUUGCCUGAGACGAGCAGAGGGGCAAGAAGCUACUUACUCGUAGCCAAGGAGCAGCCGUUUGCCUUCAACGUCAGCGACCCCAUUCGCCACAUUCUUUCUCCGUCUCCUCUACUCCCUUUCUCUCGUCUUGCCUCCCUGAUCUCUCGUAGGCUUAUCCAUCCUCGGAGCGUUCGAGAUAGCACCGAUGCACCACCGAUGCACCAUCGACCCAACACCAAAGAUAUGCAGUUUCGGAUCUACGUCGAGCACGUGUUUCCCUCUAGCCUUGACAAUUGGUGACCACGUUGCAAAUCGUUGGUACAGAGUGAAUCCACCAAUUCCUGACCGCUGAAAUUAAAACCCUCAGUUCGUUAAUACGUUCAUUUAGCCAUUGUUUCUCAAGGCACUUCAUAAAAUUGCAUGCAAGAGGGAGACUCCGUGAAGCGUUUGCUGAUCUUUGUUUUAGAUCCAAUCGUGCAAUAAAUGCUCUCUACAAGAUCAAAA